GGGGCAAAGUAUUAACAUGGCGUCAACGGUUGCUGUUUUGAGCAGGGCCGUGGGAUUUGAAAAACAUUAUUUUGUCCAGAACCAUGGAGACAGAUAAUCAUUGAUCCAAAAAACAACCCUUCAGCUUCAAAGUAAGAAACAUCGCUCCCGUGUGUCCUGUAGCGGCUGAAUUCACGCCUCUUAUCGGUUUUUUUCUGACUUGCUGCUGUGAGGAAACUGAGAGUCUGUGUUUUUAUCCUCCGUUAGCUCAGCCGGACGGCCGCCGGGGGCACCGCGGCUAACGACGGUUAGCGAACGGGCGAAGAAGAACCGCAGAGUGGACCAUCCCCACGACACCAGAGACGGCUUAUGGUUUAAUGGUGAGUCCGUUUACUGUGUGUGUGAGACCCGCUCCUCCUCCUCCUCCUCCUCUUCUCUGGGUUCUGGAAGUUGAGCUAACGUUAACUCUGAUGCAGUUUCGUUUCUCUCUAACUCGAAACAAACCCGAACACUAACCACGAACAGACACUAGACCGAACCGAACUAACUUAUCAGAAACAUUUUAUUAAAAAACAGCGACAACGAGAAAAGCUAAAGAUACGACAGAGUUCAGAAUAAACAUAAUACAGCUGUACUGGAGACUGUUUGUUCUGUGAGAUAAGAUGGAGUUUAACACUUUAGUUUUCACAACUAUAACCAGCAGUCAACUUUAGUGUCUGUAGAGUUGUUAAUUUUCAAAAAACGGUUAAUUAAUCAAUCAGUCUGUAUUUAUAUAGCACUUUUCAUCGACAACCAUGUAGCACAAAGUGUUUUAGACAGAAAAGGGAGUAAAAGAAACAAAGAAUACACAAAUCUACCCCAACCCAAGAUUGAAAGAAUACCUUAAUCUACACCAAUCCAAGAUGUAAAGAAUACCCCAAUCUACCCCAAACAAAGAAACAAAUAAUACCUAAAUAUACCCCAACCUAAGAUUAAGAGAAUAUCCAAAUCUACCCCAACCCAAGAUUUAAAGAAUACCUAAAUGUACCCCAACCCAAGGUUAAAAGAAUACACAAAUCUACCCCAACCCAACCCUUCACCCUUCAUUCCCACCCCACGAUUGAAACGCAACAGAAACAGUAUUAAAAUGCAUAAACUUAAAAAGGGCUUGAUUUCACAGAAACAGGAAUGUGCACACUGAGGAAACGUUAUUUUAGAAUUCAAGAUAAGGAAACACUAGAGGUUAGGUUAAAAUCUAAAAACAAAGUAACAAAGGAAGAAAUUUAAGAAAUAAUAAAUAUGAUGAAAUAAAAACAACAGUUAAAGACACUAAAAUAAGAGCACCAAAAUAGCUCAAUAAAAGACGAUCCUGUCAUUAAAACUAGAAAAGGGAUAAAUGCUUAAACACUUAAACAAAGUGAAUAAUAUAAAAUGAAGUUGAAAGCAAGACUAAAAAGGUGCGUUUUCAGUUUAGUUUUUACAAUCAUUAAGAUUAGGUGCAGUCUUUAGGUCUUCAGGCUAUCUAUCUAUCUAUCUAUCUAUCUAUCUAUCUAUCUAUCUAUCUAUCUAUCUUACACACACAUUAGAGAGACCUGCAAAAAAAGGAAAUAUAAACUUCAGCUGCCAAAUAUCAAAAUUUUCCAUUUUGGGGUAAAAAUCAAACAAACCAACAAAAGUUGAACUCAGAAUCACAACCUAUCUUAUCGGCCAAGUCUGCCUACACACUGGUUUCAUUGUCGUACCUGUCGUACCCCUGACUUACAGUUGUGUAGGUGUGAAGUCCUCGGUAGAAAUUGCCGUCACGGUGCAUAAUUGUGAAAAAUGGGACAAUGUGGAGUUAGGGGGAAAAGUGGAGGGUUUGUUUGGCUGUCUUUGUGUGUCACCAGCAGACAUCCUGACAUUUAUAACAUCCAGAGGUGUUUUUUAGAGCACAAUGAGCAUGUGUCAAAGUUAGUGUGUCACCUUACCAGGAUGUGUUGUCAUUUUAUAUUUUCUAGGUUGCUAUUAGUUGAUUAACAGAAGUUUUCAAGUAGUUAACUUCUUAUUUUAAACCUGCGCACAGUGUAGAAUGGGCUGAAAAAAGAGACCUGUUACUUUUAGUGAGUUACUGCAUUGGCUUCCUGCUAGUUUUGGGUGAAAUGUAUUUGUACAGUCUCUUACUAACAUCUAGACUCGCUUUACUGAAAUGUUUCCAGUGAAAAAUGCUUCACAGAUCUGGGAUUGGCUGGAUUUAUGGGGUCGAUUUUUAGUUCUGGACCGACGCAAGGAGGCUGUUUGUUUCAUGAGUAAAGUCUUUCCUUUCGGGGCUUUGUGAUUUAUGAGAACAUCCGAAGGUUUGUCUAUUUUCCCUUGAAGCAGUGUAAAGCUACGGCUGUGUUUUAUGGAAGUAACUCGCCUAUAUGGCAUGGGGAAUCAUAUCCUGACAGCUAAACACACAUUUUUCCAACGAAUUAUGAAUUGAGAAGUUGAAGCACUAGUGUGUGUUUGCCUCCUGUUUGCUAUCACUUUUAACAGUUCUCUCUCUCUGUCUCUCUUUUUUUACUAAGACUUUAGGUGGCCAGCCUCCCUGGUCUUCCUCAGCACGGCGUUGACCACACCAGGGACACAAGCAGCAGGAAAGUAGGAAUGGAUGAGUCCAAAAGUCCAGCAAAAUCAAGCAAACAGUCUCAGCCCAGAGCGGCCAAAACUUCAUCCGGCGAGAAGUCAAACAAGGAGGCUCCUUCUCCGAGAGAGGGCACCAGGUCUGCACCCCGCAGACAAGAAAACCUCACUUCUGCAAAGGAUGACCACAAUAUAAGCAGCCAGGGGAGCCGUGGGCCAGGCAGGAUUUUCACAGAUCCACCCCAGGACAAGAGGAGAGGACGGCCCUCCAGGCUGACCAGACUGUCAGGAAGGACAAGUUCAGGGGAGAGAGGAAAGGGGAAAGUGGCGAGCCCCCAACAGCAACUGAUGGCACAGGCAGUGGACUACAGGGCUUCUCUGUCUGCAGACAGCAGCCCUUCAGCAAACAGAGAGACCAGCCCUCCUGCAGCACUGGGUACACCUGAGAAAGGUUUCGCAGAGAAGGCCAAAAGUUCCACUGCAGCUCCAGCAAAGGAAAAAUCCCAAGGUGGGUUUUUAAGAUGCGUUUUUGCAGAGAUUAUUUAGGCUUCCUCCACUCAUGCAUCUCUAAUCUGCUUAAUCUUUGCUGAUCUUUGGAUGAAAGCUGCUGCACUGAUGCAUCAGUCUGUGGAAGAGAGCACAGAGAGGAGGCCCAGUUUGGAGGACUGCCCUUUGACAGAGCAACAGCUGGGCCUCCGACAGGCGGAGGAGCGCCUCUACAGAGACUACAUCCACCGACUCUUGAAAGUAAGAAAAAAGACCUUUUAAUACACCGAAGGGAUGACUUAAUCAGGCAGCUUCACUGAUGAACAGAAACAGAUAUCUGAUCAAACAUCUGUUUGUUUGUUCUGAGUGUAAUAAUCUAAGUCUGAGCGAACGACAACAGAUAAAAGAAAAUGAGCAGAUGUUAUUUUUGAGAAUCUAACUGAAUAAUCAACCUUCCUUUUGAGGAAACGAUGAAUCACACCGUUGUUAUUAUUUCAACUUAAAAAAGGUAUUUAGAUGUAGUUCUGUGACGCGGAGGCAGCGAUAAUUAGCAAGAACCUACACGUUCAGUCUGACACCUCGCCAGCUGGCCUACCUGCACUCGGCAGCUGUGUUGCUUGUUUAGUUUCUUCCUGUUAGUCUGAUAACAUGUUUUGCUUUCACUUGUGCGAUGUUCUCCUCUCUCUCUCGGUUUUAUCUCUUAUAUUUGUGAUCGGUCAAACUACAGAGUCAUCACAAGUGUCAUGGGACCGUGUGUUUGCAAAAUCCCUUCAGUCCGGAUAACUGAAGACGGAUAGAGAAGCUGUCUUGUGAUGCAUGCGUCUGAUUGGUUGUGAUUAUGAUGAAUAAAGGAGGGAAAAAUCCAGCUGUAGAGAACCUGCAACAAUAAUCUCAAUUUUCCUUCUUCUUUGAUUGAACAGCAGUGUCCAGAGUAUCCCAACUAUCAGUAUUUAUGCAAGCUCUGCUCCGUGCACAUCGAGAACAUUCAAGGAGCACACAAACACAUCAAGGAGAAGAGGCACAAGAAGAACAUCAUGGUACGGUGAUUUUAUAUUUACCGAUACCACAGCGUGAGCCUCAUCAUCGCCGAUCUGAGCGGGUUUAUCGUACAGUCAGAAUGAUGCGUUUUGUGUUACAUCAGGAGAAACAGGAGGAGAAUGAACUGCGUGCCCUGCCGCCCGCCUCCGCUGCCCAGCUGAGGGCGGUGGAUGCAGCUGUCCUCGAAACAGCGAGAGAGCACGGGAUCUCGGAGGAGGACUUUGAGGUUCGGAAGGCCGUGGUUCUCAGGAUGGAGGAGAUCAUAAAGAAACACCUCUCAGGUUCGCUACUCCGGGUUGAUAAUAGACUCGUCAAGUCGACUUCACGCGCUCUUUGAGUUGAUCAUCUUUUCUUUGCGUUUCUAGCUUGUUCUCUCCGUCUCUACGGUUCCUGUCUCACCCGAUUUGCCUUCAAGGCGAGUGAUAUCAACACUGACGUCACCCACCCACCCUCAGUAAGUCUUAUUCCUCUGGUUCAAAAAAUCUCGAUGCACUUUCUUCUAAAGCGUAAAACCGUGACAGGAGUAACUGAACUUUACAAACACUCUUUCUGUCUCUGUUUCCUUUUGUUUGCUCAGAUGACUCAACCCGAAGUCCUGAUUCAAGUGCUGGAAAUCCUCAAAAACAGCCGUAAGUUUCAGGAGUUCAGAAGUUUGUCCUUCUCUGACACUUUCACAACCUUUUUCUCAAUCUGUCGAUUCAUGUCUCAAACAGCAUUUCCUAAAAAGAGUUUCAGGUUUUCCGGGUCUCGAUCUGCUUUGACUUCAGACAAAUAUUCCUCCUUGAGGACCUCAAGUUCAUGAACCAAAUCCCUGUUUUGUUGUUCAGCUGUUCCGUCAAAGUUUAUUGUUGAUGCAACUUUCCUCGAGGUCAUUUUUUCUGAGUUUCUCUCUGGCUGUUUUUUUUUUUUUCUCUUCUAGCUGAAUUUUCUGAGGUUGAGUCUGAUUUUCAUGCCAAAGUUCCUGCUGUCUUCUGUCGGGAUGUUAGCAGGUCAGUAUCGGCUCGAAUGCACAAAUGCAGCCUUUGGUGAUUAUUUUGGAAGUUUCCUCUCACUAGUUCUGGUCAUACUUGCUGAAAAUGUGGCUGCAGGGUUACAUUAGUGAGUGUAUCACCGUAUAAUGUUACAAUAAUAAAAAAGAGAAAUGAUGUCUAUGAUUGUUUUCGUAUUUGCAGCUACAUCUUCUCCUGAUAGUUCUCGACACCUGUUUACAGUCUGAACUAAGCCUUGGUUAUCCCCUGUAAAAGUCUGCUGCUGUUCACUUGUUCACCCGGACUCUGUUUGUGUGCAGCGGCCUGAUGUGCAAAGUCAGUGCGGGCAAUGAUGUCGCGUGUCUCACCACCAAUCACCUGGCAGCCCUGGCAAAACUGGAGCCCAGAUUGGUUCCUCUGGUGCUGGCCUUUCGUUACUGGGCACGGGUAAGUCUGACACCAACGGUGACUCAUCAGCUGAAACAAGAAAGGAUAAAGAUUAGGUGAAUUUAGUUUUUUAGUUUGAAGGUUUUAUUGUCCCUCGCUGAUGUCCAGAUGUUAAAGAAAGGAGUGAAAAUAGAGCUAAUGCGUCUGUGCACCUCUGCAGCUGUGCCACAUCGACUGUCAGGCUGAGGGUGGCAUCCCCUCCUACUCCUUCGCCCUCAUGGUCAUCUUCUUCCUGCAGCAGAGGAAAGGGCCCAUCCUCCCCGUCUACUUGGGCCGCUGGGUAGGUGACGUGUUUUUUUUUUUCAACCUCACGCUCCUUUUCCUUACACAACAGCAGAUGAUGUUAGACCUUAAAGGAACAGAGGAAAGCGCCAGCUGGUGAAGCGCAAUUUUCUUGUGAUAAAUUUGAAUUUAAUGAGCUAAGAGGAGCGCCAGACGCCACAUUAGUUAGACGACAAAGAGACUCGAGGACUACAGAAGUGCACAUACAGUCAAAUCAUUUUUCAUCGUUUUACUUGUCUGAUUUCUCCUGAUGGUAUUGGACUGGAUUCCUUUUUCAGAUUGAUGGCUUUGACGUGAAACGUGUUGACGAGUAUCAUCUAACUGGAAUCGCGCUGGACAUGUUUGUCCGGUGGGAGCACAGACCUCAGAGCUCCACAGACGGACACAGGGGGGAGAACCGAAACGAGUCCAGAGCGGAAGGAAGAGCGAAAGCAGAGCAGAGAAACCCUGACGACGCUCACUUCGCUGAAGGAUUGGUGAGUCUUCCUGCAGCGCACAGCGAAAUCACGUCAAAACGGUUCAGAUGACCUCCAUGAAAUUCAACACGUUUGUGGUCGCCUUGUUUCCAGUCUCGGCUCACCUUGAAUCUGGGGAAAGGCGUGUCCCUGGGCCAGUUGUGGUUGGAGCUCUUACGGUUUUAUACCCUGGAGUUUGCUCUUGAAGAGUACAUCAUCAGCAUCCGCUUAAAGGAGCUCCUUUCCAGGGAGGUGAAGAACUGGCCUCGCCGUAGGCUCGCUAUCGAAGGUACGAGACCCCCUUGCUAGACUCCUCCUCCUCAUGGUCUGUCAAAGUGAGAGAAACUGACUGUUUUCAUCUGUUUGCAGAUCCUUUUGCCUUGAAGAGGAAUGUGGCGCGCAGCUUGAACAGCCAAAUGGUGUUCGAGUACAUCCAGGAGCGCUUCCGCACCGCUUACAAAUACUUCGCUUGCCCUCAGAGACGGGGCGCCGCCGGGUGUCAGAGAAGAGGGAGAGCAGUGAAGCAAGGUGCAAAGGCGGAUGGCGUGGAGAAGACGGAGGCGGCUUUCACGAACAAGAACGAAGAAGACGGGAGAGGUGAAAGAAGUCCGAGCGCUCAAAGAGGGCGCCAGGGUUUGAGAGAGGACGAGGAAGCCGACAGCGAUGAGGAAGAGGGUCCGGAUCCGUCCAGAAAGAAGGACGAGAAGACUUUAGAUGCUAGUCUCAUGAACAUGGUUCUCAGUGAGGGGAACAAACCUUCCUUCUCUCCUAAUGGCCUGCUGGACAGUGACAAAGAAGGGGAGAAGGAUGAAGAGGAGGAGGAGGAGGAGGAGGAGGAGAUGGAGGAAGAGGAGGAAGAAGUUAGCAGCGGUCCGGACAGAGAUGAACCUGUUGCAUCAGAGGAUCUGCACUAUGUGUUUGAUAAGAUGAUCUUUACUGGUGGAAAGGUAAUGACGAUCAAUACUUAAUCAUGUUUAGAUAAAGAUAAAACUCUUGUGGUCCAAUCAAAAGUUAGAAGCUUUUAAAUAUUAACAAACUUUAUGAAAAACUCCGUAAUGACUUCUGUUUACUUCCUCUGUCGGCGGUUAUCGUGUUCUGUCUGAUCUGUGAAUAUAAAACUGUUCAAAUGAAGCUCCAGCGAACCCGUCAGAGCUGAUGGUUGAGGCGCUAACUUUAGAUCUGUCCCCGUAUUGUGCGCUUGUUUCCUCCGAGUGUCUUCCUGAGUCGUGAUCUGUCGAGUUUUCCUCCCUCCAGCCUCCCACCGUCGUUUGCAGCAUCUGCAAACGGGACGGCCACCUGAAGGACGAGUGCCCCGAAGACUUCAAGAAGAUCGAGCUGAAGCCUCUGCCGCCCAUGAACAACCGCUUCAGAGAUAUUCUGGAUGGCCUCUGCAGACUCUGCUACUGUAUGACUGGAUUUAUUUUCAUCUGUUCGUCAUGUAUAGAUAUUAAAAUACUUGAGAUUUUUGUUUUAGAAAAUUCAUCUGAGGGGUAAAGUUGACUCAAACUGUUUGAAGUCGAUAAACUGGUUUAUUGUGAGUGAAUCUCUGAUCUGCUGUCUGUAGAUGAACUGUCACCGACACACGCAGAGCAGCAGAAGAGAGAGCAGAUCCUCGCCAGCCUGGAGAGAUUCAUCAGGAAGGAGUACAACGGUGAGCGUUCCAAAGUCACUGUCGAGAGGAUUUUCCUCCAAGAAGGCGACAUCCAAACAGUCAGUUUGGAUGAUAAGAACGUCUGAGGAUGACGUUAAAAGUUGUUUUUCACACUAAGCUCUUGUUAAUCUUGGUGUAAAUCCACAGAAAAAGCUCAGCUCUGCUUGUUCGGCUCCUCCAAGAACGGCUUCGGCUUCCGGGACAGCGACCUCGACAUCUGCAUGACCCUGGAGGGUCACGAGACUGCAGAGGUAGGCCGACACGAACUCCUCUUAACAUCUGAAGUCUGGUCUUUUAUAUUCUUUGACUCGAUCGUAAAUCUUGUCCAAACAGAAGCUGAACUGCAAAGAGAUUAUCGAAGGUCUUGCGAAGGUGCUGAAGAAGCACACAGGUGAGUUAAGGGCUUCACUGAUUGGCUGCUGUGGUCGUGCUGCUAACCGGCUCAGACCUCCUGCUUUUCUGACUGCAGGUUUGAGGAACAUCCUGCCUAUCACAACAGCCAAAGUGCCUAUUGUGAAGUUUGAACACAGACAGAGCGGACUGGAAGGAGAUAUCAGCCUUUACAACACGCUGGUGACUAACCAAACCUCUCACACUCCAGCUGUUUGUCCCGUUCAGAUUCUUCGUGUCGCUAAUUCUCCGAACCGCUCGUGUCUGCAGGCUCAACACAACACCAGAAUGCUGGCUACGUAUGCAGCUCUCGAUCCGCGCGUGCAGUUCCUCGGAUACACGAUGAAGGUCUUUGCGAAGGUUCGUGGGAGCGGUGAAACUCUGGGGGGUUCGUUUCUUUGGUUUCUUUCUCGGUGAUCAAAUCCUCUCUCUGCUCACAGCGCUGUGACAUCGGCGACGCGUCCAGAGGAAGCCUCUCUUCUUAUGCAUACAUCCUGAUGGUGCUCUACUUCCUGCAGCAGAGGCAGCCGCCGGUCAUCCCCGUCCUGCAGGAGGUAAAUGAUGUUUCUUAAGGUCAGCAGAUAUGAGCCACACUCGAAACAGAACAUGGGAGCUGAACUAAACUCCGCUGUUUGAUGCUUUUUCAGAUUUUCGAUGGGAAAACUGCUCCUCAGCGGAUGGUGGACGGCUGGAACGCUUUCUUCUGUGACAACCUGGAGGAUCUGGUGAGUCGAUUAAAGACGGUUUCGUGUCGUUUGGCGUCGAAUCAUCCGGCUCUCUUCUCAUGACCUUUCUUUCUCUGUCCUCGCAGCGUCGGCUGCUCUUGGAUCUGCAGCCGAACACGGAGUCGGUGGGAGAGCUGUGGCUGGGGCUCCUGCGCUUCUACACCGAGGAAUUCGAUUUCAAAGAGCACGUCAUCAGCAUCCGCCAAAAGAAACGCCUCACCACCUUUGAGAAGCAGUGGACCAGCAAAUGCAUCGCCAUCGAAGGUGCUCGCACAGAUCCUCUGAUUCUCACUGCUCAGUUUCUCUGUUUUUCUCCCUCUCACUCGUGUACAUCCUCUCCUCAGAUCCCUUUGAUUUGAAUCAUAAUCUCGGUGCUGGAGUGUCACGAAAAAGUAAGUUCAGCAUCCGCCAUUGCAGUGAGACGUGAUGUUUCUGUCUCAGAUUCUUGGAUGAGCGAUCUUUGGUUGAAGAAACAGAAGUUCAUGUCUUCUUAAGUCCAUCUGUCUCUUCUUUCUGUCCUCAGUGACAAACUUCAUCAUGAAGGCUUUUAUAAACGGGAGGAAGUUGUUCGGGACUCCGUUCUACCCGGUACCCGGCACUGAAGUGGUACGUCGUUCUACCUUAUUGAAGGUUUCAGUCACAUCUUUUCAGUGUCUGAGGAAACUGUUUGGAUUGAUCACCUCUGCCGUUUCCCUCACGCUCUGCUGCAGGACUACUUCUUCGACUCGAAGGUGCUGACAGACGGCGAGUUGGCGCCGAACGACAGGUGCUGCCGGAUCUGCGGGAAGAUCGGACAUUACAUGAAGGACUGUCCGAAGAGACGCAGGUUGUCCCCCAAUUAAUUCUCAGAGCUAUUUCUGGCAUGUCGGUCGAUUUCCUCGAGGAAAAAAAAGAUAUUACUGACAGUAAUAAAUAAUUCAUGAGUUUGCACACCCUCCUCUUCUUCUCCGUGCAGUUUCACACGAUUCUGUUGCUACACAGCAAAAAUAAAGUUUAUUCACAACGUCAGAGUAGAGGUGAGGUUUCUGUAGAUCUGUUUUAUGAAUGUUAUGAGUUAUCUGACUUAAAUGAUUUUUUUUUCAUCUUAGAAGCAGCUGCAGAGAAAAAAAAAAUUACAUGGCAAAAAAAAAACGUAGUCAUAGUCCCUAAAAUUGAUUCCCGUGCAACUUAAUUCUUUAAAAAACACAAACUUGAGCUGUUUUGUUCACUAAACUGAUUUACGUUUUUAAAAAGUCACAUUUAGGACGACUGAGAGGGGCCGCACAUCACUUUUUCACAUCACUGUAAGAGCUUCGGCUUCAGUUUGAUGAUAAUACACAAUAAUUAAGUAGCAGGUGUCACUCAGAGUAAAGUAUCUGGAAAUCCUAAGACUCACCCAGCUCUACUGUACUACUUCCUUCAGAGUCAGGUCCAAACAUAAGCUUUUUUUAGCCUCCAUGGUUAAACCAGGUGUGGAGGGGCCCAGUUUGGUCUCAUUAGAGGCCCCUAAAUGCGUCUUAUUCCUGCCCUUGAUACUGAAGCUGUGUUGCUGUUAUUGAGAUACUUUCCAAACGAAUGGAAACAAAAGGACAGAGAUGGAAAAGACAUGUCGAGGAACACAGGAACUCCUACUUCGUCUUACAGCUGUCAGAGUAGGAUCAGAAGCCAGCGGAGAGUUAAAAACAGAGACAGCAGACAGGAAAGACCCGCAACACGGAGAGGAGAGGAUUACAGAUGAGUCACAAAAUCAAUUAGCAGUUUGUUUGAGGUGCAGGAGUUUCAUUAAUCUACAUGUUUACAGUGAGAGUCUGGGGUUCACUCUGCCCUGAUGUCUUCACUCUGUUAGGAUCAAGAAGAAGGAAAACGACAAAGACGAGGACGUGAAAGAGGAGGAACGGGAGCCGAAAGACAGACGCUGUUUCCAGUGUGGGGACACGGGCCACGUACGGAGAGACUGUCCUGAGUAUCGCCACCUCAAACAGAGAGCUGCUGGAGCGCCAGGUACUCAAAACCUGUCCCCGAAAUAAACUUUAGAAAGAGUGACUAAAAGACCGAACAUUUUUAAAGUGAGGGCGAUGAUUACGACCUUCUUCUUCUUCUUCUUCUUCUUCUAGCUCCUCAUAUGGUACGAACUAUCGUGAGCUCCCAGUCGAUCCCCAUUCCACAGGCAGCUGCAGACGGCCCCGGGAGGACCAGACAGCCCUCCGAAUGUGUGAGUAAAGGAGUCAGUGGUGCUCACAUCCACGUCUGAAAGUACGGUGUGCUGAACGGAGACGGUAACAAACGUAAAGAAGAGAAGAUCAAAUCCACCAAACACUCCUCAAAUAAAAAUAUCACCACAUGUGACAAAUACUGGACCAGCGCCGUUACCGAGCUCUCCAUCAUGUGCAGAAACAGACACGUUCUCACUUCUGAUAACGACUUUUAACUCCUUGUUUCUUCUUCUUCCUCACCAGUCCGACAGCCGGCAGACUCCUCCCUACUCCCCGCAGACUACAGCUGUCCCCCAGAGUUCCUCCCAGUCCUCCAGCUCCCCUCAGCCCUCCCACAGUAAGACCAGCUGUACUGUGAAGCAGGCUCCUCACCCCCAGGUCCCCCUGUCUCUCUUUAGCUUCCCCACCUCUCACCCCAGCCAGUACCACCCGGGGGCGCUCACCGCACUGGGGCUCAUCCCUUCUCACCAGCACCAGUCUCACCACUCCCAGGGGCAGCCUCAUCACCCAGCCCACAUCCCCUCCACCUCUUGGCCCAUCCACGGCCCGGUCCUCACCUCGUCCUCCUCCACCGCCCCCUCCCCACCUGGCCUAAAAUUCACCCUGCGUUCGGCUUCAGGGAACGGGAGUCCCACGGGCUCAGGGGGCAACCCCAACCCCAUGAACCUGAACGACCCCAGCAUCAUCUUCGCCCAGCCGGCGGGGAGACAGAUGGGCAUCAGCGGGCCAGGACGGGACGGGCACUGGCACAACCACAUGGCACAGCCUGGGUCACUCAUGGGCAAUGGCACUGUAGUCAAGUCAGGUAUUCACCGGGUGAACUUUGGUGGCACCGUCUGUGUUUGGGUCUUUCCUGUCCCCCAGUUCUGUGUUAACGCUCGUGUACAUUUCCCCGACCUGGUCAUUUCUUUAAAGUUUAACUCCUUGAUUAACAAAAAAAAAACCAUCCAAUUAAAGCAGAGUUCACAAAUCCUGCAACUUUAUACUUAGAUUUUCAUGGUCAAAAAAACCUCUCACUAGUACCACAUCCUUGAAAAGUCUUAGAAAACUGGAUUUUUAGAAUUAAGGGACGAAUGUGAGGACAUGAAAAACAGCGAAUGAAUGGUUUCACAGGGGUAACAUGGGAAGGCUCGUCACAGACUUGGUAUAAAUCUACUGUAUCUGAGGCUGUGAGACUGAGCAGUCUGAGAAACGGACUGAAACUGAUACUGAAGCUUCUGUUUGACCUCCAACAGCAAACCAGACCGAUAGUUUCUCUGCUGUAUUUUUUUAUAGCCUGAAACUUUGUGGAGAGCAGCUUUCAGUCCAAGUGUUUGAUGCGUUUCACCGUUAAAAGACAGCAGGAUGAGAUAUUUGUCUGAAACUGUAUUUUCAGAAGGACAGGAGAUAAAAUAUAGAAGGAACCAAAAUGGAUUCAGACUAGAAGAAGCUUUAAAAAAGUUAAAAAGCCUCAAAUUUGAUCUGGAAAGCUUUUUAUUUUCCCCGCGACUUUAACCCUUUGGAGAGAGUUUCUGAGACAUUAUAAAGUUUAAAAUAUUUCUUAUUGAUGGGGUGUAGAGUUCACAGUACAAUAUAAGUGUCUGAUUUGAUCGAGUCUGGGCCACGACAGCAACAUGAGAAAGUUAGGAAUCACCCUACUGGUCGUUCACUGGUUGAUCAGAUCACGUUUGUGAAUCCUUCCUGAGACGUCAGCUGUGUCUCUUGGCAACCAUGUGACCCUUCGUCGUCGAGUGUAUAGAGUCUAAAACUCUCAGAAAAACUGUUCCCUUCCUGCCAAAAACUUGAUUUCGACUUCUCUCUUGGCGUAAAUCUUCCCUCAUUUCUUUUCCUCGUCCCUGACUCGUGUUCUCUUCUUGAGUUUUUGUUUUGUGUGUUUUUGAUUUUGUUCCCGCAGAUUCAGGCCACCCAGCCCAGUUUGUAAAUGUGAGCCAAGGCUCUCGAUUGUGGGAGCACAACAAAGCACCGCAGUACGCCCUCUCGCCAUCCUGGCCCUACAGGAUGCCCCAGAACUUCAUCCAGCAGGGGAACGGAGGCUACCAGCCCGGCAAACCCUUCGUGACCCAGGGUAAGACGUGAUAAACGGUUUCUCUUUUUUUACGCUGCGGAGAGAAACGGAUCAUUUCUACGUCUGGAUUUCACUUUUUUGCACUUUUGCUCUAGGCUCUGUGGUGCAUCCGAACCCCAACUUCCCGCUGGUCCCCCACGCCCGGCAUCAAGUAAAUCUGAACUUCAUCCAACAGAAGAAGUGAGCCCAUGUCUCUUUUUAAGUAGAUGUACGGUCAGUACCAUAACCAGGCAGAAUCAUUUACUCUUGGCAUCAUUUGAUCACAAGACUUUUUAAGAUGAAUUUUAUCAUUUUUGUACAGUUUUUAUGUUUUGUCUCAUUACAUUGAUUUGUGAUACAAAUGUCAAAUAUUUUAAUACCCCCAUUUUUGAGGGGGUCCAAAAAGUGUUUUUAUUUUAUGUGUAAAGUAAGCGAGGAAAAAUGUAAACCUUUAUUUUUAUUAGCUGUAUUCAUACUUUGCUUGCCAGAAGAAGAUGAAGGCUUUGAAUAGACGUUUGUUUUAAAAACAAUCUAACAUGUCACCCUAAGUAUGUAGUGCCAAAAGCAGGGAUAGCGAGAAAAAAGGGAAAAAAACCUAAAAUUAAAAAAGAAAAAAAGCUACAAAAAAAUAAAGAAAAAAGCAAACUA